AUCUCUUUCUCUUCUUUAACACAACAAACGCACACGAACACACACUCAGGCGCCGCUCUUCCUCCUUCCGGCGAAGCCGCGCCUGAGCGCCGCUCCCCUCGUCCCUCUGAUCUCCCUUUCUCUCCGAUUUUACAACGCACGCACAAUUCCCCCCCCCCCCCCCCCCGCGUCGACGGCAGCCACGGCCGCCUGCUCCCCAUUCUCUCCGGUUGCAGCGGCCGUCCCAUGAAAGCCACCACCGCCCUCACACUGGAAACUGACACACACAAUCUGAGGUCGCUGCCGCCGGCUCCCCCCUCUUCGCGAACUUCGGCGACGACACGGUUUUAGGCCGCGCCUCCGCCCUCUCUAACACUCCACUGCUCCAUCCUAGCCGCCGCCGUCGCCCGUAUCUCGAGCGACCUCGCCGGCGACGACACCACUCACGUGACGCCGCCUCCUUUCUUGGCGACGACGGAGGCGCCGCCGCCUCCCUCAGCUCACAAGCCCUCGAUCCCCAACUCCAGACACCCUUCCCUCCAAUUUCCGGCGAGCAGCUAGUGGCCGCCACCGACCACCUCCAGUUCGACUCACAUAUACACACACACAACAGCACUGAGUCUCUCUCUUCUCCAUGCUCUUUUUGUUUUUCCUUUUCAGUUAAAACCAUGUUCUUAAAAUCAUUCACUGACUCAUUGUUUGUAAGCACCAAAAUCUUGCGAUUUGUUAAUCAUAAUAAAACAUGUAUGCUCUUCUCAACUAUAUACUCAUAACCUGAUUCAGUGCAAUAUGUAUGUACAGAAAAUGUGUAUGGUAUUCGAAUAUCUUGCUAACACACAUAUGAAUAAAAUUGUAUCUCUUGUGUUGACUCAGUGAUACAGUAAUAGAUAUACAUAUUUCUGGAAUAAUCACAUAUUAUGCUGUCUUGCAUUUGGUUCGAUUGAAACACAAAGAAUUAGAAGUAGACCUCUGCUGGGAUUGAUUGCUUGAAUAGGUGCUCUGAACUUGUUUGUGUUCUGAAAUUGAGCUUUUCUUGCGGAAGAAAAACGUGUUGAGCUUGAAUAGCUUGUGUAAAAAUGAAAAGAAGAAACUGAGUAAUAAGGGGUGGCUUUUGCAGAGGAGCAGUUGUGAUGGUAAGGCUUGAAAAUUACUCCUAAAACCUAACCUACUUGAGGUAUGGAUGCAGUAGGAAAUCGCAUAGGGGGAGAGACUAGUUGUGAAAAAGCGUCGAUGACAAUUAAAAUCCUUCAGGGUUACGCUAAAUGAAUAGCUCGUGUGAAUGGGCGCUGAAAUGAGAGCUGAGCAUGCAAGUUUUCUCGACACUCUACCUCCUGUUGAGUUCGCCUGUAUAUAUGGCUCCUCUCUCCAUCCAAACAAUUUUGAUAAGAAAUCCAUGGUAGAUUACAUUCUUGGUGUAGCAAAUCCUCAGCAAUGGCACGCAGAGAAUCUGAAGUUAAAUCGGAAUCAUUAUGCAUCAUGGAUGGUCCACCUUGGGGGAGCGCGUCUGAUAACCGGUGUUGCUGAUCAUAUUGGUGUCCGCGUACAUUUCAACCCCUUCGUUUCUCACAGAGACCGGAUGUUCAAAUAUGGUGUUGUUCGCAUGAAUGAUCUCGUUCAGGACAUUCUGGUUUGGGAAAGUUUCUAUCUGAGUGGCCGUUUGCAGAAACCCGUUAAUGUCAUAGUAGACAACUCGGAGAUAGAAAAACUCAACUUUGUAAAUGUGAAGGCAGCAGCCUCUGCUGCCCUCCUGCUUUUGCCAUCGAAAUUCAGUGAGGAAGAGUUGUAUGCCAAAAUAUGUAGCCUCUCAUACAUGGGCGACUUACGAAUGCUUUUCGCAGAGGAUAGAAACAAGGUGAAAAAGAUUGUACAAGGGCAAUUUAAGUUAUUUCAAAAAAUGUACAAUCCAUUUAUAGAGGAGUUUGCAGCUCAAGACUUGCUUAGAUUAUCAUCUUCCGCUGAUCAAAAAGUAAAUUUAAUCCAGGAUUGUGGAUUGUCUACCACAUGCUCCCUUGUGUCUUCUCUUCCUUUGCCUCUCAGAUGCCAUACCGGAAUGAAGCUUGGCGAGAAGAAAGCAAUUGACGAAUCUGGUAGAGCUGCACAGAAAGUAGCAAUUAAAAAGGAAGAGGCUGCGAAUUACAUCCGGAAGAUCCUGAGACGCAAAGUCAUGGUUUCCAGUGCAAGACAGGCUGUUGCAGGCCUACUAACUGUUGGUGCAGUUCAUGGAGUAAAGUAUGUCGGGAGCAAAAUGAAGAAGGCAUGGAGAUCGUGGUGGUAAUCCUUUUAGGUUUAAACAUUAGUGGGUGUUAAAAUUUCCCUUGGGUUACUGCUGCUAGUUUCUGACACCGUGAAAGGUAAAAUGAGGAAAGUAUAUCCUCAUGUCCUCAACUCUGAAAUAAUCUGAUAUAAUGCUUAAUUAUUUGCUGAA